AUGGCCCACUGCUGGGGGCCUGCGCUGCUGCUGCUGCUGCUGCUGCUGUCGGCGAGCUGGGCCGGCGGGAAUCGAUGCGUAGACGCGGCCGAGGCGUGCACAGAAGACGCGCGGUGCCAGCAACUGCGCGCCGAGUACGUGGCGCAGUGCCUGGGUCGGGCCGCGCCGGGAAGCUGCCCCCGCACCCGCUGCCGCCGCGCCCUGCGCCGCUUCUUCGCCCGCGGGCCUCCUGCGCUCACGCUCGCACUGCUCUUCUGCCCGUGCGCGGGCCCCGCAUGCGCCGAGCGCCGUCGCCAGACCUUCGUGCCCACCUGCGCCUUCUCCGGGCCGGGCGCGGAACCGCCCUCCUGCCUCGUGCCCUUGGACACCUGCGAGCAGAGCCGGGUCUGCAGGCCCCGCCUCCUGGCCUUCCAGGCCUCCUGCGCCCCGGUCCCCCGCGCCCUCGACGGCUGCCCGCGCGACCAGGGCGCACGCUGCCUGCGCGCCUAUGCCGGCCUCGUGGGCACCGCAGUCACCCCCAACUACGUGGACAACGCGAGCGCACGGGUGGCACCCUGGUGCAACUGCGGAGCCAGCGGAAACCGACGUGAGGAAUGCGAAGCCUUCCGGGGGCUCUUCACGAGGAACCGCUGCCUGGAUGGUGCCAUCCAGGCCUUUGACAGCGUGUGGUCUCCAGUCCUGCAGAGACAACUGGACUCCCACUGGGACCCCAAGCUCAGGCUCAUGCAGGUGCCCUCCGCAAAGGGGAUGCUGGAGGGGAGCUUCCUGCCUGCCAUACUUCCUGUCCUGGCUCUUCAAGACCUGCUCUGA